AUGACAGCAGAAAACCUGGACAUGACCAAUGGCACCAAUAAACUUGGUUCUGUGACACAGAAUGAAGCAGCACUACUUGCCUUGAUGGAACAAACAGGUUAUACCAUGAUACAAGAAAAUGGACAAAGAAAAUUUGGUGGGCCACCACCAGGUUGGGAUGGCCCGCCACCACCUCGUGGAUGUGAAGUAUUUGUGGGAAAGAUUCCUCGGGACAUGUACGAGGAUGAAUUGGUACCUGUGUUCCAGAGAGCAGGAAAAAUUUUUGAGUUUAGACUGAUGAUGGAAUUCAGUGGUGAGAAUCGAGGUUAUGCAUUUGUUAUGUAUACUACAAGAGAAGAAGCCCAGAAUGCAAUCAAAAUGCUGAACAAUUUUGAAAUUCGUCCUGGAAAAUUUAUUGGUGUCUGUGUUAGCUUGGACAACUGUAGACUGUUCAUUGGAGCAAUUCCAAAAGAGAAAAAAAAAGAUGAAAUCCUGGAAGAGAUGAAAAAGGUUACUGAAAGUGUUGUUGAUGUCAUUGUCUACCCCAGUGCCACUGACAAGACAAAGAACCGUGGAUUUGCAUUUGUGGAAUAUGAAUCUCACAGAGCUGCUGCAAUGGCCAGAAGAAAGCUUAUUCCAGGUACUUUUCAGUUGUGGGGACAUACUAUUCAAGUUGAUUGGGCAGACCCUGAAAAAGAAGUUGAUGAAGAAACGAUGCAAAAAGUUAAGGUUCUUUAUGUGCGAAACCUGAUGAUAUCUACAACAGAGGAAACUAUCAAGUUGGAGUUUAACAAAAUCAAACCUGGAGCAGUUGAACGUGUGAAAAAACUCAGAGAUUAUGCAUUUGUACACUUCUUUGACAGAGAUGAUGCUGUUACAGCUAUGAAUAUUAUGAAUGGGAAAUAUAUUGAUGGUGCUAGCAUUGAAGUCACCCUUGCAAAGCCAGUUAAUAAAGAUGGGUCUUGGAAAUACACUCAAGGUAAUCAAGUCACUCUUAAUGGUGAAAGUCAACGACUGACGUUUACAAACAAAGAAGAUGGAGGACCUAAAACGCCAGGAAGAUCUCCAAGUUUACCAGCACGUUUGAAUGGUCAUCAUAGUCCGUGCUCUCCUGAACUGGAUAGAUGCACAUAUCCUCUAUUUCCAGGCAUAAAACUCAUGCCUUUGAGCAUUUAUUCCUUAAAGCCCAGUCAUUUUCAUUCUUCAGUUACACACUUGGAAUAUUACUGCAACAAAAAUAAUUGGGCACCACCAGAAUAUUACUUAUAUUCUACUACAAGUCAGGAUGGGAAACAACUGCUUGUUUAUAAGAUAGUUAUUCCAUCCCUUAUAAACAGUUCACAAGGUACACUGAGCCAUUUUAUGCCUGAAAAACUCUGCACAAUGCUGGAAGAUGCCAAGGAGCUGGCAGCACAGUAUGCAUUGACGCAGUUAGACUACAGCUUGCGUCGGAAUAACUCGGUCAAUAGUUUAUCUCAAGUUGGUGCAUCACUCCAAACUUCUGCAUCUAGUUUGCUUCAGUGCACAUCUAGACCUUAUUCUUAUCCUAGCUAUCCAUUGUCAGCAACACUACCACUUGGUAACAAUAAUCACAUUGGACAACGCCUGUAUCUUUCUAGUCAUGGGUCUUACUUCUAA